GCACAGUUUACUUGCUCCGAGUGUUUCAACCCCACGUAUAUCUAUUCUCUUCUACUCUAUCUGCUGAAAGGAUUCUGUCUGAUAUCAAGCUUGCUUGUUUCUCUGCUCUGCUGGUUCUCGCGCUCUUGCAGGACAGGAUCGGCACCGAAUACGGUAGGAAAAGUAUCGAUGAAAGUUAUCGCACUACGGCGAUAACUGAACAAAAAUAAGAAGUUAUGGAAACUCUCUCGCGAAGUCCGCAUGUGCCUUCGAUGAGCAUAUCAACAAGCGGGAGGGACUCUCCGCUCGUGUUUGCUCCGAAUAGCGAGUCGGAGGAGUGGAUUCGCGAAUGGCAGUCUAUAGAGGCAAAGGAGCUUAUCGAUAGUCAGAUUACAGCUAUAGACACAGAAACGUCUGUUGAGGAUGCUUGCGACGACCUAUUGUCAAAUGACAUGUCUUGUAUUGCGAUUAAAGAUCCGUCGGGCGCAUCGGUGUCAUCACCUUUUCUCGGUCUUUUCGAUUAUGCAGACGUGAACGCCUUCCUCACUCUUGCUGCAUUACAACAUAUGAAAUCAGCAGACGAACUACAUGAUACUCCACGUGCCGAAGAGAUCGUGAAGGCUGCGAAGGCGGGAAAAGUUCCCGUUCGGCUUGUCAGCAACUUGUCGGAAAAGGAUCCACUCGAGGUGUUGCCGGAUACUGCAACUCUCGUUGAUCUGCUGAGGGUCUUUGCCACGGGCAUUCAUCGAAUCCUGAUCCGAUCAAGCACCACGGAUUCACCCAACCAAAAAUACCUCGGCUUCGUCACCGACCGCUCUCUCCUUGCUUACUUCCAUGCACACGCACAAUCGAGUGCACCACUGAGCCGGUUCCUUGCAAAUGCCCUGCAUUCACUCGCGUUGCCCUCUAUUAGCCUGCGUGCUGCAGUCGUAUCAUGCACCGCGAGUGCGCGUGUGCUAGACGCGAUGGAAAGGAUGAGUGAGCAGGGCGUAAGCAGCAUAGCAGUCGUUGAGGAUACGCCUGCGACGGGUCCUGGCCAAAUGACCCUUUUGAGUGCGGUUAGUGUGACGGAUAUCGGAAAGCUCGUGGUCCCGGCACAGAGUAAUCAGAUAUUACAAAUGUCUCUUCAGCAGUUCGUUGCUCAAAUUAAGGAACCAGAUGGUUCGAUUAUGGAAACCGUUAUCGCUAUUUAUUUUUAAUACAAAGAGCAAGUACUGAGUAGAAAUCCGAACGGAAUACAAGGAACGUCACAUGAUGUAAGACAAGAUUGGAGGUACAAGUCCGAGCAAAUUUGGGUGACGUAAGGCAUGAAUAAGAUAGGCAAAAUAAGAAUCCC